AAACAUCUGUGUCUUCACUGCGCAUGCGCGUCCCGUUAAGGCACGCACGCACGGUGGACGCACGCGCUUUGCUGGGACCCGGACAUGGGUGAGGAUGUUUACUGGCUGCUGAUUGGCUGCUGGGCGGAGAUGAGGAAGAGGAGGAGAGAGUUUAGUUUACAGAAGAAGAAGAGCUGUGACAGAGAGAAGAAGAAGAAGAAGAGCGCACCGUAGAAGAAGAAGUGUGGAGGUUUGCUCUCAAACAGCUGGCACAAUAAAAAGCAGGAGAACCGCAGAAGAAGAAGUAGGAGGACAAACUUUUCUUCAAGUCUUCGCGCGUUCCCGCUGCGCGUGCCUGCUGCCUGCGGCUGCUCGCAGGCAGGGCCGCGCAUGCGCAGUGAGUUGGGUGUGAGCAGAAUAUAAUGGAGCUGCUGUGUCAGAUGGCCCGGCGGUGACGUCACUGGAGCGGCGGGAGCGCGCGCUGCCGUGCGUGUGAACAUGAGCGGGGGGAAGAAGCGGAGCGGCUUUCAGAUCACCAGUGUGACGUCAGACUUCAACAAUCAAACUCCGGCCGGCCAAUCAGCUCCCAGCGUGUUCCUGAGCGCGGUCCAAUCAGCAGCGUGUCCUCAGGGCAGCUCGUCCCAGCCGUCCACUCCGUCCCUGAAGAGGAAAUACAUUUCCCAGGAUGCCGCGGUGCAGGGGGCUGGAACCUCCAGGUUCCGGGUGGUGCGGCUGGCAGGGGGGGCGGGCGGGGCGGGGUGGGGGGAGUCGUUUCGCCGGGGGCGAUGGACGUGCAUGGACCUGAUGGAGCGGGGGGCGGGGCUCCAGCAGGGGGCGGGGCUCCAACUGGGGGCGGGCUUCCGCCGGGUGAUGGACAGCAUGAGACACGCCCACUCACUGGAGUCCCUGGAGAUGAUUGGUCGGGACAAAGACAGGGGCGGGGUCUACUCCCAUGACGGGGAAGGGGGGGGGAUCGUACUGCACAGUGGGCCCCCGUCCCCCACCCACCAACAGCCAAUCACAAUCCGGCUCCUGGACCACAAUGAUCCAAUGGGAGUGAAGGGUUUAGACUCCACCCCUCCCCCCCCUUCUCCCCGCCCACGAAACAUCCCCCCCCCUCUCCGGUUGGACGUCGAUGCUGCAGGGCGGUCUGUCCUCAGGCUGUCUCACUCUCAGCCCAGCUCCCCCCCCGCUGGACCAUACCACCCGUCUCUGACCCCCAUUCAGACCCCCGGAGCCUUCAGUCUGGACCAAACCAUCUUCCACCUGCCGGGGGACGCCAGUUCCAGUAACAGUUUGGUUGCCAUUGACAACAAGAUCGAGCAGGCCAUGGACCUGGUGAAGAGUCACCUGAUGCUGGCUGUGAGGGAGGAGGUGGAGCUCCUGAGGGAACAGAUCCGAGACCUGCAGGACAAAAACCAGCAGCUGGAGCGCGAGAACCAGAUCCUGAGAGCUCUGACCCACUCCCACCCUCCUGUCCGAGGCCACGCCCACAACACCUGACCCACUCCCACCCUCCUGUCAGAGGCCACGCCCACAACACCUGACCCACUCCCACCCUCCUGUCCGAGGC